CAGGUAGCAUAAGAAAAAGAAGCAAGUAUUCAUUUUCAAGAUGGGAAUCUGCAUGUCCUCUGUACCUUCUGAAAUUCAUGAUACAGAAGAUGUCCAAGAAAAUGCAGUGUUCAUCGACGAGACCAAUGGCAAAACCAAGAGAAAUGGAUCUGUUCAUUCAAGAACCGGAAGCAAAGGGUUGAACCAAGAUGCUGCUAUACUCUAUCAGGGAUAUGGAAAAGAUGAUGGAGUCUUUUGCGGAGUUUUUGACGGUCAUGGGAAGAAUGGUCACCUGGUGAGCAAGCUAGUGCGGAACCAUUUGCCACUGCUCGUGCUAAACCAGAGAAACUCUCUGGCAAAGGUCAAAGUCACGGCGGUGCAAGAUGACUGCGACCAAGGAUCAGUGCCGAGCAGGACUUACUAAUGGAGAGAUGCAUUUAUCAGUGCCUUCAAGGUGAUGGACAAGGAGAUCAAGCUUCAGGAGGGAUUGGACUGCUCCACCAGUGGAAGCACAGCUGUUGUUGUCAUAAGACAGGGUGAGGAUCUUGUCAUAGCCAACCUCGGUGACUCGAGAGCAGUGUUAGGGACUCUCACUGAGGAUGGACUUCGAACUGUCCAAUUGACUACUGACUUGAAGCCUAAUGUUCCAAGUGAAGCCGACCGAAUAAGGAAGUACAAAGGCCGGGUUUUAGCUCUGAAGGAAGAACCGCACAUCCAGCGCGUGUGGCUACCCCAUCAGGACAUGCCUGGCCUUGCCAUGUCCCGUGCUUUUGGUGACUACUUGCUCAAAGACCACGGCGUAAUCGCCAUUCCUGACAUCUCUUAUCACCGCAUAACUCCAAAAGACCAAUUCAUCGUCCUUGCAACAGAUGGGGUGUGGGAUGUGCUCAAUAACGAUGAGGUUGCGGCGGUGGUCAGGUCAGCGAAAGAUGAGGAAGAAGCAGCCAAAGCGUUGGUUGAAGCAGCUAUUGCUUCAUGGAAGAAGAAAUUCCCUUCUGCAAAAGUUGAUGAUUGCAGUGCUUCCUGCCUCUUCUUGCAUAAAAGGCGAAAGACAGAUUAGCACUUCUGCACUGCCGCCAAUUGGGUUUUCUAAGCUUAAUCCUUAUAGUCUAUACAUAUCAUGCUAUUGAUGCACCGGCUGCUUCAACCAUUCUAGCCCCACGUGCGUUGCCCCUACAAAGGCAACGUGCCGAGAAUUUGGUAUCGAGAAUUCGAAAGCAAAAUGAAAGCUCAGAGUUAGCUUGUUGAACAACUUUAAAACAUGCUCUGAGGUUAUGGAUUUGCCAAUUGGAGUCCAUUGAUGGGGACUGUCUCACCUGUACAACUCAUGUUUCAGUUAUGCUACAUUAAAAGUCUUCAGCGUU